ACUGUGGACGCAUCACUAUCAGCAGCGAGGACAUUAAAUUAUCAAAUACAUAUAUGUCUUAAAGAUUUAGACACACAUAAAUACAUAUACUUACGUACAUAUAUCAAAUAAGAGUGAACAAUCACCAGAGCACGGGCCAACUGAAAAACCGCAUGCAUUAGUGACGAGGGAGAAGACAACAAGACCAUCGACGUCGACGGCGAUGGCUACAGCGACUGCGAUAGUAACAGUGACGGUGACGUUGAUUCUUCUGGUUAUGAUGCGAGCGUAGACACUUGCUGUUCAAAGCGAAUUGAAGAAAAUUUGAGAAAAACAUAAUUGGGGAAAAUUGCUUGUCAAAUACAGUUUUUAAAUAAUUCUCGAAAUUCACCGUGAAAAACUCGUUACCUUUAUCUUCUUUAUAUUAAAAAGUAAAAAUACAAAAUUCAAAUUUUUCAUAAAUAUUUGCAAAAUCUGUUUCAACGAAGGAAAAUAGUGGAAAGUGCUGAAUGGUGAAUGGUGAAUGGCGCUCAAUGCCUUUGAAUGCGGUGAAAGAAAAAUUGAAAAGCAAAUCGAAGAAGUGCAAAAAAUCGAUGAGCAAUAAAAGAACGGGAAACAAGAGAUACGAAAUAUAUAUAUUCAAAUAUUUAUAAAAAAAAACCCAAGCAGUGCUAACUUCAAAACAAAUUACAAUGACACGCCUCACUGAGGAAAUGGUCAUUGCCCGCUCCAAGCAAUCCGAUUUGGGGUCUAUCAAAAAACUCAAUUGCUGGGGAAGUGAUCUCAGCGAUGUCUCCAUAAUUAAAAGAAUGCGUGGUGUGGAAGUUUUGGCGCUAAGUGUCAAUAAAAUAACCACAUUGCAACCAUUCGAAGACUGCCACAAACUCCAAGAAUUAUAUUUGCGUAGAAACAACAUCCAAGAUAUUAAUGAAAUCGCUUACCUGCAGAAUUUGCCAGCACUCAAGUAUCUGUGGCUGGAGGAGAAUCCGUGUUGUGAGCGGGUUGGACCUAGUUAUCGUCAAACAGUGCUUCGCGCCUUGCCAAAUCUGAAGAAGUUGGAUAAUGUUGAGGUGACACAGGAAGAGGUCGAUGAGGCUUUACGUGGGGGUGGCAGUGGUAGUGGUUCUGGUGGGACGCGAGAAGAGGAGGAGGUGUAUGAGGAUAGCUAUGCGCAAAAUCAGCAGCCGCAACGUUAUGAACAGCCAUCUCCUCCGCAGCAGCAGCAGCAGCAGCAGCAGCAACAACAACAACAGGAACAAAAUCACUACCCGCCACAACAUAGACAACAACAACAAACGCCACAGUACCAACAAAACUCAUCACCGCAACAGUAUCAGCAGCGUCGCAGUUCUAGCCCAAUGAAAGAGUCUUCACAACAAAUUAGUCCGGCACACACCGAGGAAAGCGCCAGCGAGCCAAGCAAAAGCAACGAGGUUUCGAAGCCAGCCUCACCAGCACAGGAGCCAGUCGUGCAUACACCUUCACCGAAAUGUAAUUCAUACACGAACGUAAAUCGGUUGUCUUAUCAUCAAUACGAUCAGCGCUCUCCAGGCUCGGACCAGGAUAGUCCGCAUGUUGGGUACCGAGAACGUGCGCCCAUCCCACCCAGCAUAUCUACACAAUCGAUGAAGGAAUACUACCAGUCUGACCGUCCGUCAUAUCCUGCCCAUUAUCGUCACAGCCAAACCGAUCUGACCGAAUGGGAAGAACAUCAGCAGCACAAUCAAUUCGGUAGCACUGCUGCAUUGCAUCACCCAAGUGGGGGCCCGCGUCGAAAUGAAGUUAGUGACCGUUAUGCGUAUCGAAAUGGUAGCGCGCGGGAAAAUGGCGGCGAUUGGGAGGAGCCGGAGCGACCGCGGCCCAGGCGGCCCGAUGGACGUUACAGUGACUCAGCUAGCACCGUUUCAACAGCUGUACUUAAUCAUUAUUCCGGAUAUCAUAGACGACCCAUAAAUCGGAGCUCAAACUUACUGUCAGCAACUUUGUGUCUUGUCAAAGAGCUGGACUAUCCCAGUUUGGAGGUGGUGGAGCAUGCCGUGCGUUGUCGAAUCGAUGAAUUGACGGCCGACUGAUGAUGAAUGUGCCGCGCGCCGUCCUGUUGAGGGAUGCGGCGGCAACAGUGAGACGACUCGCUGACCACAAGACACAAAAUACAACAAAAAGAAAAGCUGAAAGUACUGAGGUGCGAUGACUAUGCUGAGCCAUUGAUAAUUAACUCUCUCUGGAUACUCACAAGCACUUGGUGGGGUGUACCCCCAAAUUGGUUACGAAUAUUAAUUUUACGUAACAAAUUUCUUGCUAUUAACUAUACUUUGUAAUAUGACAACAUUUUUGGUUUGAUGUUUAUUCUUUUUUUAACUUAUAAACGAAGCAUUUGAAGGAAUUUAUUAAUUUUUAACAAACUGGCUGAUUUUUAGCUAAGGUGCAAUGAAAAAGAUGAAGUAAAGAGAGAAUUGGGUAAAAAACUGCUGCCGAAAAAAGAUGUACAAUUUGAGAUGAAAAGAAGUGAAGUUUUAGAUUCCAUUUUGAAAAAACAAAAAAAUGCAUGUAACAGACUUGCCAACCGUACACACAAACAUACAAAUAAACUUAUAUAGAAUAACUUUUAUAUAAAUGUAAAUGUUAGUUAAACUACAAAAAAAAAGAUUUGCCAAUGGAAUUCAACGAAAUUCAGCAACCAACAAUAAAAUGAAUGGCAGGAAAGCGAACGAGCAAAAACUUUCUUAGUUAUGUUAAAUAGUAAAUGUGUAUGUAUGUAUGCUAACCGAGAAAUUAAUGAAAAAAUGUGUGUAUUUUGAUAUUAUACAAUAUAAGUAAACUUAUUUACAUGCAUAUGUAUUUAUAGCCAAGAAGCUGCAUUUCGAAAUAAAAAAGUAGUUAAAAAUGUGAAUUAUUCAGAUGCAGUAAUUUUCUCGUAUGUUGCUUGAAUAGCUUAAAGCUUAUUGUACAAAAGACAUUUAGACUAUCGCUUUGCUGUAUUUUUCUGUACUUAAACAAAUCGUUGUUCAAACGCACAAAACACAAAUUUCAUGAUCCCAAAAGUGAAAAUAUUCGGUAUAGUUUUCCAAAUAUGUUUUUUAUGCAAAAUUGAGAAACCUCUGUUUUACUAGUUUUUUAUUUAGCAAAAGACACUACUAAAUUAUAUAAAUAUACGACUUAAUUUUAAUGUAACGCAAACGACCUCUUGCUAACGUCCUUUUAUGUUUAGAUGUAACUAAGAUACUUUUGUUUUUAACUAAAUGCGUCCGAGGAGAUGUGAAAACGUAAAACAAUAAAUACAAUUUA